GGGGGGAGCGGAGACCGCAGCGCGGCUGGAGUCUCGGGAAGUUUGAUUUGCCUUUUCUUGGCCUUUGCUGCUUUUCUGUGUCCCCAUCACCCGGCCGCGUUGCACCCCGAGCGGUCCCGGCGCGGUGUUCCUACACCUCUCGCGCACACAAUUAAAAAGAGAAAGAAAAAGAAAAAACUGACUUGCCAGAGGAGUUGAUUGUAGCAGUCAGCCAGCCCAGGGCUGGAAAUUCUCUCAGGCCUGCUGAAAAUGACUGAAUAUAAACUUGUGGUAGUUGGAGCUGGUGGCGUAGGCAAGAGUGCCUUGACGAUACAGCUAAUUCAGAAUCACUUUGUGGAUGAAUAUGAUCCUACGAUAGAGGAUUCCUACAGGAAACAAGUAGUAAUUGAUGGAGAAACCUGUCUCUUGGAUAUUCUCGACACAGCAGGUCAAGAGGAGUACAGUGCAAUGAGGGACCAGUACAUGAGGACGGGGGAGGGCUUUCUUUGUGUAUUUGCCAUAAAUAAUACUAAGUCAUUUGAAGAUAUUCACCAUUAUAGAGAACAAAUAAAAAGAGUUAAAGACUCUGAAGAUGUACCUAUGGUUCUAGUAGGAAAUAAAUGUGAUUUGCCAUCUCGAACAGUAGAUACAAAACAGGCUCAGGACUUAGCAAGAAGUUAUGGAAUUCCUUUCAUUGAAACAUCAGCAAAGACAAGACAGGGUGUUGAUGAUGCCUUCUAUACAUUAGUUCGAGAAAUUCGAAAACAUAAAGAAAAGAUGAGCAAAGAUGGUAAAAAGAAGAAAAAGAAGUCAAAGACAAAGUGUAUAAUUAUGUAAAUACAAUUUGUACUUUUUUCUUAAGGCAUAUACUUAAGUAAAAGUGGUAAUUUUUGUACAUUACACUAAAUUAUUAGCAUUUGUGUUAUUAGCAUUAUCUAAUUUUCUUUCUGCUCCAUCCGAACUGUUAGCUUUUGAAUGCUUAUUUUAAAAUGACAGUGGAAACUUCUUCCUCUAAGUGCCAGUAUUCCCUAUGUUUUGGUUUUUGAACUAGCAAUGCCUGUGAUAAAGAAACUGAACACCUGAGAUUUCCAUCUUGGGGCUUUUGGUGCAUGCAAUUGAUUACUUCCUAUUUUUCUUACCAAUUGUGAACGUGUAAAGCAAACUAAUGAAGCUUUUGAAUCAUCCCUCUUCUGUGUUUCAUCUAGCCACAUACAUGGGUUUCUAACAAAUUAUGAUUUCAAUUGAGAGUUCAUGAGAGGCUUUACUGAAACACCGAGGGAACAUGAAUUUAUGGGCGUUCUGUAGCUUCUUCAAUUUGCAACCAUUCAUGUCGGUAGUUUGUUUCCUUUGACAAAUGUAAAACACUGUUCACCAAGAUUUUCUCCCUAUUUGUCAUGGUCACGCUCCCCAAAAUACUAUAUUUUUUCUAUAAAA